CCUAUUCAACGAAUCUGCUGAACGUUUUGUCUUGCUUUAAUCCGUAAGUUUCGUUAAAUUCUGCUUGCAAACUCCAAAUGAUUAUAACUGGCGUGAACUCUUAAUCGUCGAUAAAGUGAAUAGUAGAAGGCGAGAAGUCAUCACCGCCUUGUGAGCUCUUGUACCUGAUUGUCAUCAACAAUCCUCGAGUGUCGUCAUGGUCCUCAAUCACCGGCGACAAGGAGUAUUUGGUGAAAGUGAUAAAAAGAAAAGCUUCAUGGCCCAGUAGCAAAAAGAGACAUCUUUCCGGGGUUUACGUUUUGGAGCUUACUGGAAGCCAAUAAAGACCUCACCUUUUUACUCCUAAACUGGAUUGCUUCUGGGGUUUGAUAGCUUGGGGAGAUGCCUUCUGCUGCCUCGCUUCAGAUGGUCUCAAGGGAGAGAGCGGUGAUGGCAAAUCCUGAUGUAAACCCUCAGUUUUCCGCACGAAGUGGCGAUUACGAUUUUGAUUUGAAUUGCUAGAGUAGCUUCGAGAAGUUGGGUUCUUCCUAUCUUUUCCUUUUGCGGUGAAGAUUAAGCUCUAAUGGAGAGGGGAUCAUGGGUCAAAUUUUUUACUUUAUCUGUCCUCCUCACCUUCGUUUUUGUGGCCUUGGCAACCACCAACCCUAGCGACUAUGCCGUCCUCGACGAGUUCCGCAAAGGAUUGAGCAAUGCCGAGCUCCUCGGAUGGCCGGCAAACAACCAAGAUCCUUGUGGCAGUCCACAAUGGAAUUAUGUUUACUGUUCCAACUCAAGGGUCACUCAGAUCCAGGCGAAGAAUCUUGGUUUGGUUGGCACUCUCCCAGCGGAUUUCAACAAGCUAUCCAUGUUGGAAAACAUCGGCCUCCAAGGCAACAACCUGACCGGGGCUUUGCCUUCUCUUAAAGGACUAUCAAAAGUAGAGUUUGUUUUCCUCGACGACAACCAAUUCGAUACCAUUCCAUCAGACUUUUUUGUUGGACUCGAUAGCUUGCAGGUUCUAGCUUUGGACAAAAACCCCUUGAAUCAGAGCACUGGGUGGAUGCUGCCCCCGGACUUGGGCAAUUCGGCUCAAUUGGUAAACUUGUCCUUAAUGCAGUGUAAUCUUAUCGGUCCACUGCCAGAUUUCUUGGGCAACUUGCAUUCUCUAUCGAUGCUGAAGCUGUCUUACAACCAACUCACCGGAGAGAUUCCAGCAAGUUAUAGUUCCUUGCCUUUGCAGAUUCUGUGGCUAAACAAUCAAGAGGGAGGCCUUACUGGCUCGCUUGAAGUUUUUACUUCGAUGACUAUGUUGAAUGAUGUUUGGCUACAUGGGAAUCAAUUCACAGGGCGCAUCCCCAGUUCGAUCGGUGCCUUGACUUCCUUGACACGGUUGUGGCUCAACAAUAACCGGCUUGCAGGAAUUGUUCCUGUUAAUUUAACAAGUUUACCUGAACUCCAAUCUCUGCACUUAGAUGAUAAUUCAUUCAUGGGGCAAAUUCCUAAGGUGAGCUUCAGUGAUUUCACAUAUUCUUAUAAUUCAUUUUGCCAGUCGACCGCUGGUGCUCCUUGUCCGCAAGAGGUUGCAGCGCUGUUGGAUUUUCUUGAUGCAGUGGAUUAUCCACCAAUCCUUGCGAAUUCUUGGAAAGGAAAUGAUUCUUGUGUUGGUACAUGGAUCGGAGUAUCCUGCACUAAUGGCAGCACAUCUGUUAUUAAUCUGCCAAACAAUCAUCUGAACGGCACCAUUAGUCCCUCUCUUGCAAACUUGGAUUCUCUUGUUCGAAUUUUGCUCGGGAGUAACAAUCUUAGUGGCACAAUCCCUGAACACCUAACAGACUUGAAGUUCUUGAAACUAUUGAAUCUUUCUUCAAAUAAUAUCUCACCUCCAGUUCCACAGUUUCCGAGCAGUGUGAAAGUGAUUCUCGAUGAUAAUUCAUUGUUGAACAAUGGCAGCUCUCCUUCAGGUUCUAAUAGCCAUUCCCCAUCAAACCAGCCUAGUCCAUCAUCAGGUGUUCCAAGUCCAACUUCCUCUUCCAGCUCAAAAGUAGUUCUCACUGUAGUUCCAGUUGCAGUUGCGGUUUCUGUUUUCUUACUGGUCCUUAUAUUUCUGCUGCAACGGAAGAAGAGGAAGAACCCUUUCUCUGUACCAAAUGCCAUCGUUGUUCAUCCUCGAAACUCUUCAGAUCCAGAUAAUUUUGUUAAGAUUGCAAUUGAAAAUAAUUCUUACAACACUUCUGCUAGUGAACUUCACAGUAGAAACAACACUGAUUUGGUAGAUACGCAUGUGAUCGAAUCAGGGGACUUGAUAAUAUCAGUUCAGAUUCUUCGUACUGCUACUCGAAACUUUGCGCCAGAGAAUGUGCUUGGCCAGGGAGGAUUUGGAAUAGUCUACAAGGGAGAAUUGCUCGACGGAACAAUGAUAGCAGUUAAGAGAAUGCAGUCAGUUGUAUUAAAUAGCAAAGCCUUGGAAGAGUUCCAAGCAGAAAUAGCUAUUCUCUCAAAGGUAAGACACCGCAAUCUGGUGUCUAUAGUCGGGUACUCUGUCGAGGACAAUGAGAGACUUCUAGUGUAUGAGUAUAUGCCUCAAGGGGCUCUGAGCAAGCAUCUUUUCGAGUGGAAAGAGUUUGAAGUGGAGCCUUUGUCUUGGAAGAAGAGGCUUAACAUUGCAUUGGAUGUUGCAAGAGGAAUUGAGUAUCUUCAUAACUUUGCUAGCCACUGCUUCAUCCACAGAGAUCUCAAGUCAUCCAAUAUACUACUUGGUGAUGACUACAGAGCUAAAAUUUCUGAUUUCGGGCUCGCCAAACUUGCGCCCGAUGGAAAAAAUUCUCUGGCAACUAAACUUGCUGGGACUUUUGGCUACUUAGCUCCAGAAUAUGCUGUUACUGGGAAGGUUACAACAAAGGUUGAUGUCUUCAGUUUCGGUGUGGUAUUGAUGGAAUUAUUGACUGGUCUGAGAGCCCUGGACGAGGGUCGCCCGGACGAAAGCCGUUACUUGGCAUCCUGGUUCUGUCAAAUGAAGAACAGCAAGGAAAACCUCAAAAGCAUCAUUGAUUCAUCACUUGCUGUCACAGAUGAGUCGUGCUUUGAAAGAAUCCGGAUCGUUGCAGAACUGGCAGGUCAUUGUACUGCACGAGAGCCGUAUCAGCGGCCGGACAUGAGCCAUGCAGUGAAUGUACUCGCUCCGCUCGUCGAAAAAUGGAUGCCUGUCAGUGACGAUCAGGGCGAACAUCUGGGAAUUGAUUUUUGCCAGCCCCUUCUUCAGAUGGUGAAGGGGUGGCAAGCCGCCGACGGCGCCCCGGAGGCCACAUCAAUUAGCCUUGAUUACAGUAAAGGAAGCAUCCCCGCGAGGCCUAUUGGAUUUGCUGAAUCUUUCACCUCUGCAGAUGCCCGAUGAAGUUUUCGGUUUGUUUACUUCCCCUACUCUCUGCCUGUGCUCCUGGUAGCAUCUAUAAUGUUCUUUCUUUGUUUCAUAGUUUGUAAAUAAAAGUCAUCUUAGAGAAUUUCUUUGUGAUCAUUUGUGUCUCUCUUGUGUAUUAUAACUUUGUUUGCUAUCCACUGUGAAUAUAAAGAGACUUAAAUGUGUUCUUGUCUUGA